ACAUAACUUUAAUUCUUAAACAGAACGGUGUGUUCUAAAGAGGAGAGACAAAGAGAUGGGUGAUGACAACCGUGAUUUAUUCGAGAAAUUACCUCAAGCAUUUAGACAAAAAUUCACACAAGAUGUAUUAUCACGCACAAGCCCAGCAGAUGUGGUAAGAAUUUCACUUGUGUCCAAAAGUUUCCAGUCGGCGGCCAAUUCUGAUGUUGUUUGGGACACAUUUAUUCCACCUCAUCAUCGAAAACUUGUUCUUGAUCGCUACUACAAAUCCACCUUUGAAUCUAGCAAAGACGUCUUUCUCUUCCUCUGUGAACAUAUCGCUGAGAGCCAUACCGACCCUCUGAAGUUUUGGUUAGAUAAAUGGAGUGGGAAGAUGUGGCUCAAAAUGACAUAUGAAAACCUCUCAAUCACACAGCUUGCAACAGAUUACUGGACGAGAAGCAAAGAACAGUAUCCGGUGCUAGGUCAUGUGAUUUGGCUUCAAGUGUAUGGCAAAAUACCCACUUCAAGAUUGUCACCAGAGACAGCCUAUGAAGCUUAUCUUGUGUUUAGACUCUCGGAUUACAUUUGCUAUGGACUUCACAUACCUAUAGAGGCUUCUGUUGGGAUCCCAGGGGAAGAAAUCACAAAGGAGCUUAUAUAUUUGGACCCUCGAAUAGCCAAGUCUGGGAGUUUUAACUAUUAUCCAAACACAUACCCGGGGGAAGGAAAUCCCUUAAUAGAAGUUAAGAUGGGUGAAUACUUUAACAAAGAAGGGGAGAACAGGGAUGUGGAAGUAACUUUGAAAGAAGUGAAAAGUGGAAGGCCAAAGUGUGGUGUCCAUAUUGCUGGGAUGAAGAUGCUACCUAAGCGCAAUAUAAACCUUUAAUAAUCGUGCUCGCUCUUGUUUGGGAUAGAGAUCUGGACGUUAAAAAUUGUUAUCUGUUCAUAUCUUUGACGCUUUGCGUGUGAUGAUGAAGACCUGUAAUCGUUAGGCAACUAAUAUUAGCUAAGCAGUACUACUGCAACUCUCAACAUGUUUCCCGUGCUUUAUUCUAAAUUAUUACAAUGAUAUACUUUACUCA